GAAUACUAUAUAAGAGAGAUGAAUUAGCUGGUUUGUCAACAAUAUCGCUAGACGAUAGAGAUACCCAGCUGAAGAUACCAGUGCCAGGCGCUCCUUGUUGAAGUCUACCAUGAAGCUGUACCUGCUAAUAGGCAUUUUAGUGGUCGUCGUGGCUACGAUGGUCCAGGACGGAGAGAGUUUUAGAAGAAGGCGAUUCUUCAGAAGGGUGUUCAGACACUAUUGCAAGCAUAACCCGUGGGCUUGCUUGGGCGACGGAGUUGAUGACGAGAAAAGACUGAGGGCCAUGUUGAGCGAUGUUCAAGACGGAAAGAUGUCGGAGCUUGAUGUAAAUGCUCCUGUGAACCAGGACCUCUCAUCGGACGCCGAGGAUGCGCAGCUGGACAAGGAGCUGGACGAUAUGACUGAGGAGGACGUAGCUGAGCUUGAGGAUCUGCCCAGCAAUAAGGCUUAAAUGAUACAAUAACAAGACCCGCGUGUAUUAAUUAUGAAAUUUUUUGAUACAAAUUGACUGAUUGAACACUGAAAUUAUUGUCAACCAGCAGCAUUUCGACAUUGGAAAUAAAGCAGAUGAAUUCAC